AUGCACUUUACAUUUCGCGCCAUUUUAUCGUCGUCCGGCUCAGAAGGGAAAAGGAGGAAGAGGACGGACGCUACAAUGGGAAUAUCUGGCCUUUUACCAGCACUUAGGAGCAUUACCGAGACCAAAUCGAUAGAGGAGUAUAAAGGCCAUACACUUGCCAUUGAUGGUUACUGCUGGUUACACCGUGCUAUUUAUUCGUGCAGUCAAGAGAUUUGUCUUGGACAGGAGACUGACAAAUAUGUAACGUACUUUAUGGAUCGAAUUACUUCAUUGCAACGUAAUGGUGUGAUUCCUUACGUUGUAUUUGACGGAGGUCCGGUUCCAAUGAAAAAAGACACUGAGGAAGAGCGACGUAAAUCACGACAGAAGAACCGAGAAUUAGGUAUUCAACACUUUCACAACAAACGCUUCAGUGAAGCUCGCAAAUGUUUUGUUCGUGCUGCAGAUGUUUCUCCUUACAUAGCUCAUCGAGUUAUACAGCAACUGAAAAAACAAAAUGUGUCCUAUGUGGUAGCCCCAUACGAAGCAGAUGCACAAUUGGCCUAUCUAGUAAAAAGCGGGCUCGCACACGGUGUCAUCACUGAAGACUCGGAUUGUCUUCUUUUUGGAUGUCAAGUUGUGCUUUUUAAAAUGGACCGUGACAAUGCUGCACAGGAAAUUCAAAUGGCAAACCUCAAGAAAAACAAGGGUAUGAGUUUUCAUACGUUCACAGAUAGAAUGUUCCUUGAGAUGUGUAUUUUUUCAGGAUGUGAUUACUUGCCUAGUAUUCCUGGCUUUGGACUGAAAAAGGCAUAUACUGCGAUGAAGCUGCAUGGCUCUUUCACGAAAAUCGUUCGAGCGUUGCGACUUGAAGGAAAGGUGCGAGUUCCCGCGACUUAUGAAGACAAUUUUAGGAAGGCAGUCUUGACGUUCCAACAUCAACGCGUUUAUUGUCCCAUAAAAAAGGAGAUGGUUCCACUGACACCGAUUCCAUCAAAACUUCUUGAAGAUGACCCAGCUAUGGAUUUUGUGGGGCCGUUGCUGCCGAGGGACGUUGCAAGAGCAGUUGCAGAUGGUGAUAUGGAUCCGAUUACCAUGAAACGAUUCCCGACUCAUGUGACACUUUCAUGCUGCAAUUCAUCCCAGCUAAGUCCGGCCAUGUCCAAGAUAGAAGCAGCCCACAAGUUUAGAGCGCCCAAUCCUGACCUAAAAGCAGGUACCGCCUCAUUCGUGCAUGCUUCUGAGUCGGAUGUAGUCGCUGUAUCCAACGCCCCUCGAUCGAGUCCGGCUGCUGUGAAAAGAAAGCUUCCACCAUCAUUUGUGGACAAGUGGACAUUUAAAGCUUUGUUGCACAGGGAAAAACGGUCAGAAAAAGCGAUCACCCACUCGUCCGUUAAAAACGUGGCAGCUAGCCCACUUGUCAUAAGUCGCUUUUUUGAGGGAAAUUCUGUGAAAAUGUCACCUCCGGACGAAAGUGCGAAGACAACUUUACCCUAUGUGACCGACUCCUCGUCAUAUGAAAGCCAAGAGCCGAGUGGAGUUGAUCUGGCGAGCAACAUGUCGUUUGACCCGCAAAGCGACAAAAGCAGAGUGUUGCUUGCCCAGGUUCUGAAAAAGAAGCAAGCGCCAGAUUACCAAGAAGCAGUACAAAAGCCCGCAACAGCGAAAGAAACAGCAUUUUCAAGAAUGAUGCGCGCAGGUUCGAUACUCAAGCAACAUGAACUGAAGAAACGAAAAGUAGCCACCCCAAAGUUUCGCCAACCGCAUCGAGAUCCUGUUAUCAGUCAAAUUAAACAAUUUGCGUUUUCAAACAACGGUGAAUCGCCCGACGCAAGCCUGGACGCGUCAGUCGAGCCGCCAACGAGCACGUUGAAACAAAGUGGAGACGAAAAAAUACAUGCACAUCAGCUACCUCGAAAGUAG